AUGACCAAAAAACGUUCCCUUCCCUCGUGGAUGAUUACUGCAAAAUCGGAACCAACAUCUUCAUCAAAUUCUGUACCACCGUUACUGCAACCAACCAGUGAGUUGGAAGGAGAGAGUACAAGUGCUGAUUCACAAAAGAAUGUUCAAAACAUCCAAAAUAUUGUUGAAAUCAAUAAUAAGAAUGGUAAUUCCGAUCAUCAUCAUGCCGUUCAUAACAAUCAGGACAUUCAUCAAAAUUCUUCAAAUACUAUUAUUUCAAAAUCAAAUAGAGAUCAAUUUUCUCCUUUUGAAAUGCAAAAAAAGAGAACUUUGGAACAAGCAGAUCUUUACAGAAAUUCAAUUCGUCAAAAUGGUGAAGAACCUCAGAUCAAAUUUUCAAAACCUACUCUUUCCAAAGAUCUCAUCAAAGAAUAUUUCAACUUUUAUACAUCAUGUCCUAGAGUCAUUGUGUUGGAUUGUGAAACAAGUGGAUUUUCGAAAUCAGAUCAAGUGAUUGAAUUGGCUGCAGUUGAAUUGAAACAUGGUAUUCGAACUGGAAAAUUAUUCAGUAGUAAAAUCAAAUUGAAUGAUGGAGUGAGUAUUCACGAAAAGGCUCAACAAGUUCACAAAAUUUCAGAAACAGAUUUAUUGGUGCAUCCUCCAAGUUCACUCAUUUUGGGUGAGUUUUUGGAAUUUCUAAGAGAGGAUGUCAGUUCUUCCGCUCUUACUACAGGAAUUGUUGCUCAUAAUUUGAAAUUUGAUAUUCGUAUGAUUACGCAAGAUAUUGAAAAGUAUUAUGGGCCGAAUCAUGUUCCAUUGAUAUUUCAGGAUAGCUCUCGCCAAUUCUGUACCAUGCAAUUCCACAAGAAUGCUCGAGGAAAGAACGCAAGUUACGAUUUGGACAGUGCAUGUCAUUAUUUUGGCAUUUCACGUGGAGAACGAGAUGAAGCUCAUAGCGCCUUGCAGGACGCUGAGAUUACUGCUCAAUUAUUUUUGAGUUUAAAGGAAUACGUGGAAUGGGAAAACGAAGAACCCAUUUCUAUUAGUCCACACACCCGCAAUUAUGAUAAUACAGUGCUUGAAAGUGAAACAAAUGCAGUCAUACAGAGUGAGACUGAUGUGACAAAAAGUCAAUCUCUUGAGGAAGAAAGAAGUAACAGUGGUGUUUUCAACUUUUUCAGAAAAUUCUUUGGCAACUGGUAUUAA